GUACACUGACGUGCACCUCCAGUGCUGCGCAUUUUGAUGUGCGCUCUUUCAAGGCAGCUGGUCGAAAGGCCGACAACAGGCGCGGCGCCGUUCUGCAGUCUUUUAUCGGGCGAGACAUCAGCAGGCAAGCGCAGUUGCUAUCCAGCCCAGCUUGCGGACGCUGCUAAACGCAUCUCGUCUCAUCGGGGAGCUUGGCACAGUCAGCCGUACUCUCAGAAUGGCCGUCAGAAAUCCUUGGGUAGAGUGGAUGCUCAGUUUAUGCCCACUGGUCCUGUGGGCUUACGUUCCGGCUGCCACAGCUCAAUCAUGUAACGUGACACAAGUUCACACGUGCUACAGCGGCAUCCUUGAGAGUUUUCUCGGCGAGUUAUCAAGUGGACCACUCGACGUCAGCCAAUUGGAGAGCCUGUGCACGCAGCAUGACGCUGAGUCACCUUGCCAGGAGGUCAUGAAUCCGUGUCUCCAUCAUCAUCCUGAACUGGAAGGCAUGGAGCGACUCUACAGAGCGGUACACGAAGACGCCUGCAAGGACGCUAGCAUGAAGCUGCUCAAAUCAUCUGUCCGAUUGGGCGCGUGCAGUCCGCUGCCACUCAUUGUGGCAUGCCUGAGGAAAGAGAUGGACAAGUUUGAGAACUCCACAAUGGAUGCCAAGAGCAGUUGCGACGACCUUCGAGCUGCAAUCACCGGCUGCCUCGUAACGCCAGGAAAGCCGUGCCAGAAGAACCGGAAACGCCCAACGUAUUCACGGAAAACUCUGGAGACUCUGUUGGAGAUCAAGGGCUGCAAUUCCAAUGAAGGAAAGACGUCCGUGCAGGGCACCGAGCUGCCGCCAGCCGAUGCAGGUAGUGACAGCAACACUUGCUCGUACAAGCAACUCAAGCGAUGCCACGAAAAACAGAUCAACGACAUCCGCAAGAAGAUGACCAUGAUCCUUGCAAAGGGACUGCUUCCCGACGACGACUUCACCAUGGCAAUAUGCAGAAAGAAACGGGAGACUUGCUACCAGCACAACACGCUAGCGCCCUGCUCCGAGCGUGAGCGCAACGCCAUCCAAAAGAUGGAGGAGGCGAUGACUGAGGCGCAGCAGUUGCUCUGCAAAGACGACAGGACCCUCCUGAAAAACUUGAUGCUCAGCUACAAGUGGUGGAAAGUUGACUCUUUCGUAAAAUGCUCCACUGAUGUCCAAGAGAAUUACAUCACAGAUUAUCUUUAUGCCACAGCGAGGAUCCACAGUGACUGCGGGAGGGUGAGGGCCCGACUGUUUCACUGCUUGAACGAGAGCUACUCCUCUGUUGACGAGGCUGACCCUAAGCCUGAUGUUGAAGGUGCCUGGCAAAGUUUUAUCGAUCUUCUUGGACAGGAUGUGGUGCGUGGACGAGCAAGAUCUUCCCCAGGGCUUCGGUGGUGGCGCAGCGAGCGGUUCGGAAAGUGACGACGCCGUUGAUGAAGACGAUCCGACAGAUGAGCCUGCUGUUACAGUGACCGAAACCGCCGGCUCUGCGAUUCCCAUGGUGUCCGAACAGACAGACAAUGGCGUCAGCUCCCCAAAAACUUUGGCGCAUGUACUCGUUAGUUUGGCCCCAGCCGUCCUGCUGUUUACUGUACUCUUCCUGUAGACAGAGCAACUCAAAAGAUUCAGCGAGUGAUGUGCUUACGUCAAAAGAACCACGAUCAUUCUGAACAUCCAACUGAAAAAAAAAGAAAAAUUACAUGCGGAUGGGUCAUUUGUAGACGGGGUGAAUGCCCAGGCAUUUCAGUAAUAUUUUGGUAUGCUGUUUGGUAGUGAAGCUGUCACAUAACUAGAAACAAGCGCAAGCUGUGAGAUCACUUGUUCAUUUCUUGAAUUCAUAUUUCAUGUGUAUUAUCACCAUGGUGAGAAUAGAGCACGUGCACCAACUAUCCCCGUCAUCUCAUUGGUCCCACUGUGAGUAUUUUGUGUUGGAAGCUGAUUUUAUGUAUUUAUGAAAAGUGAGCCUAUUGUUAGCGGUCUUGUGAGCAAUUGAAGAAAGGUCCUUCCAGAGACACUUCGGUGACGUCGGCAAGGCUAUUCGCCUUUUUAUUCUGCUAUCCACAUGGCAGUAUCGUCAAAUUGCUUCAUUUUCGCUCCUUUUCGAAUGCUUACAUUUGGUGAGCCAAUAAUGCUGUGGUUAUAAGUUCGUUUAUAUAUUCUUUUUCAUUAGUUUAGUUACAUGCAACCUCAGUAUAAGAAAGGCAGGGGAAUGAUUUUUUCAGUUCUGCUACAAAAAGCAUACACUUCAAAAAAAUUAAAAAAGGGUAUUUGAGAAGUAUUUCUGCCCCGAAACUAAAAUCGUCAUCCAUCUUGUUUGUGUUUCCUUUUUUGAAAACCCCGAUCUCGCCACUUUUCUAUGCAGAGCCUGGUGUCACGCUGAUACGGCACACGCCGUUUAUGACCGAAGUGAUCAUGCAAGGAAAGUACGCGAGAUUGGUGACGAUUAUAGCUGUACUCCCCUAAAAUAUUCCCCAGGUACUCGUUUUAUUUUUUCUUAGAGUGCAGUUGUGUGGAGAAAACACCCCUUAAACACUCGAUUUAUUUCUUAGGGUGUUGCGAUGAGUUCAAGGCGCAACUUAUUCAUUGUCGAAACUACUCUUGUUUGCAGUCGUAAAAGUGAUAAUCUUAUACAAAUGCAAGUGUCACCACCGCUGACUACCUCCCCACCGUCCUUUGUAACUACACCAUCAUAAACGGCUCGACAGCAAGAUGGCACAUUGAUUAUACGGAACAUCUUAUUAAAUUCGCUGUUUGUGUACGGUGCCAAAUUCUUUUUUCAUUUCAUAGCGAAAUAACAGCCUACGCGAUAUACAAAGUUCUCUAACAUAUGUGUUGUGAAACACUUUACAUUAUAUAAAUAAACGAGUUAACAAGCGAUAUUGGUGGCAAAGUACUCUGAUUGUCUUGUUAUGAUGGACGUUCGCAUUGAUGAUUACAUUUACGACGCAUACUUCAAUGCAUUCCUGCAAAGGAAUUGCAUAAUUGUCCUGUCUUUAUGGCUUGCGAUAAAACAU